GCUCAGGGUUUUCUAUGGUUAAUCCAAUGUACGUUGAUUUAACAUUGCUUUUAUUUUUAGGGUAAACUGAAAAACUCAGGGUAGCUGAUCUUUAACAGCCCUGAUGCUCUCAUCUGGGGUGGAGUCUCUCCUUGAUUCUUCUGUGUCUGCUGUAAUAGAGGAGUUGUACCCUGGACUGCCAGAGAGCAUCUCCACAGAACUCAUGGCAGUGCCGGGGCCCAGCCUCGGGUUGGAUGCACAGUCUGAUGGGCCAGUGCCUGUGCUGGCACACAGGGAUGGGCCAUGGACUUCUGCCGCAGGAAACUUUUGCCAGAAGACAGAGGAUUUUGGUGAUAUGCUCCAGGUGAUUUCUCAUGGGCCAGCAGAAUCCUUUCCUGAAGGAUUAUUACAGGCUGGAGACCUUGCAAAGAAAGAAAAAAGCAGAAAAAGACACUUAAGGAAAUUAGACUGUUUCAGUGAUGGAUACCAGAAAGAAGAUGAAGAAGCACAAGCUGCUGAGGACCAUCUUGCUGAAUAUUGUCCUUUAACUCUGGAGGAAAGUUGGUUAGAACAAGAGGACCCUCACUUAAACAAGCAAGGGGCAAAGUCUUUGAGAACCUGUGGCACUGAAAUUGCAGGAUCUCUGAGGAGCACAGAAGAAAACCAAGCAAAUGUUCAGGUGACAGCUGAAACUCUGCCAAAGCUCACUGAAGAUGUACAAGGUAUGAAGGCUGAUGGGACUAGGAUAUUUAGUAAAGCAGGAUACAGGAAUGACAGAGUGAGUAAAGGUCUUCCACCUGAGAGCAAUCAAUACCCAGAUGUAGACACAGUCAUGGCCAGAGCUGGGGUUUCAGAAACCAGCGUCUUAGGUUUUUUAGAGCCUUUAAAAGUCCUGGACAUUGGAGCAGCUACAAAUCAUCCACGAGAAACAAAUGACUAUAGUGGGUCAAAAGCCCAUGCUGCCAUGCCAUUGAGAACAGGGGGGAACGGUGUAACUGUUUUGGAGAUUAGAGAAGAAAAGUUACCCAGACAAAAUCCUCUUAAUGAAUUCAGUACGUCAUUUGCUAAUUACCAGACUUGUCAGCAGGAUGAAGAAAAUUACUUCAAGGGUCCUGUACCUGAACAAAAUGAACCUCAUGAGUUGUUCUCAGCAGAAAGCUGUAGAACACUCUCCACACAAAGUUCUGAAGUUUUAUGUCCGGUUCUGAAAAGCAUCUGUUAUCUGGACUUUGGAAAUACACCACUAGAAAGCAGUUCUGCAGCUCAUGGAAUUAUCAAUGAAGUACCCCAGAAGUACCUUCCCCAAAACAUCAAACAUCACACUCUUUAUGACUGUGGAACUGGGUUUUUCGAAAACCAAACCUCCGCACCUGUACCAGUGGAGCAGAUCUCAGUGCUAAGGAAUAAAGGAUUAUCUAAUUCAAAAACUGAUCCUAGGGAAUUACGUGCUACUAUUGGAGAAUCAUACAGCUCUGAAUCUGAAGAGGCUGCUGAAGUCUGGAGAAAAAUUGCUGUGGGAGAUAACAUUGAAAUUUGUAGCCGGCAUGAAGCUCAAGAGGCUGCUAAUUCUGAGCAUUGUCAUUCUCCAGUUUUUAGUUCUGUUGCUUCAUCUUCUGAGGAGGUCUCAAAAGAAAAAUUUAAAAUAUUCCCAUCAGAAGGUGAUAAGUUGAAAAAGGUCCAGUGGCAAUUCUCUGUCAGUGACCCAUGCAAGAAUGCUAUAAAAGAGAAUCGUUUGUGGGUGGAAAGGAGUAACAUUGCUUCCCGUGAAACUGGGCAGAGAGACAUAUGCUUUUAUAGUACUGCCAAUAAAAUUCCUCCUCUCAGUAACCACAGCUGUCUUGGUCUUAGUACCAAGCUAGAAAAAGACUCACCCAAGGCACAACUGCUUGAAAAGGAAUCUGAGAGCAAUACAACAUCAGAAGAGUUGGCUGAUGGUUUAGCUGGAGCUGCAGAAGCUGAUAGUAACGACAGCUUAUCCACUGGGAACAAAAAAAAUUUGUUUUAUACACUAAAUGUAACUCUACCUCCUGUUUUACAAAAAUCAAGAAAACCUCAUUAUAAUGAGUGUGUUCAGUGUACUGCUAAUGAAGUUUCAUGCAGGGAUAAGGCUUGGGAUAAUCUGUCUAGAAAAAAAUUAAUUGGUGCUUCUGGAGCAACAGCGGAACAAGUUGCUGAAGUUUUGCUUCAUAAAGACAAAUUCAUGUCUUCUUUAAAUUCCAUGACUUUUGAUAACCCUAAAACAGCAAGCAGAGUAUACCAAAUGAACAUAAAAUCUUCUGCAGGAAAUACAGAGACAAUGGUCACGGGUUUAGAAAAUGAAUAUUGUCAUACAUGGAUUUGUAAUAAUCAGAGUAUAGAGAAGAAGGGUACAGCUGCCAGUACUUCCUGUAUUUUAUCAGGGAGUACAUGUGUGGAUGAAGUUUUCCUGAACAGUCAUUCUUUUGGUGUUGAAGUUGAUAAGAUUGAAGAAAAUGAUAAUUUGGAAGGAGAGUCUUCAUCAGGAUAUAACAGUAAAGAGGCAAUCAUCUUUCCAGGAGCACACGCCCCUUUGGCACACAGAUCUUUUCUUUGUGAAAAUGACUGGGACAAAAGAGGUAUAGCUCUGCAUGGGAUAAAUGACAUUCCCACUGGAAAAAACAUGUUUUGCUCAGCAUAUACUGCAGAGAAGUCUGCUGCUACCUUGGCAAGAGAUGAGUUUUCAAAUAAGUAUAGGGAGGUUGUGGAACAAUUUGAUCUUUGUAAAGGGACGGGCAGUGAAAUUGUUUGUGACAGAGAUGAGGCAAAAGAACAGACUGGCAUGUGUGCUUCCCAGACAGAUGAAUUUGAUAAAACAAGACCUGUGGAUUCCCCAAGUGCUCCUGAAGGUAAUCAGAGAAAUAAGACUAGUGAACAGCUAUUAGUCAGAUAUUUGAACAAAAACACCUGUGCUCAUAAUUUUGGGUUUUACAACUCCCUGUUAGGCCCAUGGAAGAGAGAACUUGGCACAUGUGAGCAGGAAGAAAUGCCCUUGCCCACAGCUGAUCCCUCUGAUUGUAGCACUUUGACCUGUGAUCCACACCCAGCACUUGCCAGCGUGAACAUUCCAACACAACAUGCUGGGCAAACAGAAGAGACCCUUUGUCCAAAUGGAAAUCAGUUUUAUCCAUGUCACAGUGAAUUUUAUGUCCCAGUGCUGGGCAGUGAGGACCAAUCAGAAAGUUUAACCAACCAACCAAACAUUGGCUUACAAACCAUGGGUGGUUCUGUGGGAAGAAAUGGAACUGAUCCUAGUCACAGUGAAGAGGUUCUGCUAAACACAGGUGGUGACCUGCCUCUGUUAGACCAUAAAUUUGCAAGAGAAGCCAGGUUUGAAGGAGCUCUGCACAAUAAUGUAACGCGUUUGGACUCUUUAAUUGGUGUGAAAAAUGAAGAUUCUUCAAGAUACAUGGACUCCAUCAAUGAUGUAAUUGAAGAGAAGACAAUCAGACUACAAGAACGUGAGGACAGAUGUGAAAGAAACAAUAAAGGAGCUCGUAAAGAAAAUUUUCCUGAUGACAAACCACAUUGCUCACAGCAAGCUUGUUUUAUCAAACGUGCAAAAGAGAAAGCAAAGCUGGUGUUGGCAGGAACCAAAAUGCAGCAAUCUUUGCCAAAGACGAAGUGGUUGGUGGAGAACCUGGAAAAUACAAUUAGCGCUCAAUUUCUGCCCAUUUCAUCAAUUUACGGGAGUCUUUCAUACAAGCCAGAAAAUAGGAAUGUGCUUUCAGAUACAGAAAACAGAGGAAGUCUGAGUAUAACUCCUGUCUUGAAUAACUCUCACCCACAGUUGACUUUUGAGCCUGGUAAAGAAACCGAUGAUCAAAGGGGCGUUGGUCCAUCUCAUUUUGGAAAGUUUGACAUCCAAGAAUCUUGUGUUGAGACUCAGGAAGGUUCAGAAACUGUGUCAGUUCAGAACUCACCCAUCUCUCUGCCUGAGAAAGAAAAGUUGUGUAUGUCACCUGAGAGUACACAAAGAGAUAAUAGUGAUUCAUCCUCAGCUGAAGUUUUUAGCAAAGAUACUUCAAUGACAAAAAUCCUUUCUGUAACAAUUUCUGUUAAGAAAAAAUCCAGCCAUAUUGGGGUUCCAUCUUCAAGGAGUCAAUCAGCAGCUGGCUCUUUGUAUGGUGCCAAAAGCUCAAGAGUUUGUGCCCACAGCAAGGGAAGUCUGAAAGGUGAGGGGCUUUGCACACCAACCGUGAAAGACAUGGACAUGAGCUCACCAAAAAGUUCUGGUGAAGAGAAGUGUAAGGAUACAGAUAAGCCAGAAAAUAUAAACGUGCUUUCAGAUACAGAAAACAGAGGAAGUCUGAGUAUAACUCCUGUCUUGAAUAACUCUCACCCACAGUUGACUUUUGAGCCUGGUAAAGAAACCGAUGAUCAAAGGGGCGUUGGUCCAUCUCAUUUUGGAAAGUUUGACAUCCAAGAAUCUUGUGUUGAGACUCAGGAAGGUUCAGAAACUGUGUCAGUUCAGAACUCACCCAUCUCUCUGCCUGAGAAAGAAAAGUUGUGUAUGUCACCUGAGAGUACACAAAGAGAUAAUAGUGAUUCAUCCUCAGCUGAAGUUUUUAGCAAAGAUACUUCUAUGACAAAAAUCCUUUCUGUAACAAUUUCUGUUAAGAAAAAAUCCAGCCAUAUUGGGGUUCCAUCUUCAGGGAAUGAAUCGGCAGCUGGCUCUUUGUAUGGUGCCAAAAGCUCAAGAGUUUGUGCCCACAGCAAGGGAAGUCUGAAAGGUGAGGGGCUUUGCACACCAACCGUGAAAGACAUGGACAUGAGCUCACCAAAAAGUUCUGGUGAAGAGAAGUGUAAGGAUACAGAUAAGCCAGAAAAUAUAAACGUGCUUUCAGAUACAGAAAACAGAGGAAGUCUGAGUAUAACUCCUGUCUUGAAUAACUCUCACCCACAGUUGACUUUCGAGCCUGGUAAAGAAACCGAUGAUCAAAGGGGCGUUGGUCCAUCUCAUUUUGGAAAGUUUGACAUCCAAGAAUCUUGUGUUGAGACUCAGGAAGAUUCAGAAACUGUGUCAGUUCAGAACUCACCCAUCUCUCUGCCUGAGAAAGAAAAGUUGUGUAUGUCACCUGAGAGUACACAAAGAGAUAUUUCAUAUUCAGACAAAAAAAUCAGCAAAGAUACUUCAAUGACAAAAAUCCUUUCUGUAACAAUUUCUGUUAAGAAAAAAUCCAGCCAUAUUGGGGUUCCAUCUUCAAGGAGUCAAUCAGCAGCUGGCUCUUUGUAUGGUGCCAAAAGCUCAAGAGUUUGUGCCCACAGCAAGGGAAGUCUGAAAGGUGAGGGGCUUUGCACACCAACCGUGAAAGACAUGGACAUGUGCUCACCAAAAAGUUCUGGUGAAGAGAAGUGUAAGGAUACAGAUAAGCCAGAAAAUAUAAACGUGCUUUCAGAUACAGAAAACAGAGGAAGUCUGAGUAUAACUCCUGUCUUAAAUAACUCUCACCCAUGGUUAACUUACGAGCCUGGUAAAGAAACCGAUGAUCAAAGGGGCGUUGGUCCAUCUCAUUUUGGAAAGUUUGACAUCCAAGAAUCUUGUGUUGAGACUCAGGAAGAUUCAGAAAAUGUGUCAGCUCAGAAUUCUCACAUCUCUCUGCCUGAGAAAGAAAAGUUGUGUAUGUCACCUGAGAGUACACAAAGAGAUAUUUCAUAUUCAGACAAAAAAAUCAGCAAAGAUACUUCAAUGACAAAAAUCCUUUCUGUAACAAUUUCUGUUAAGAGAAAAUCCAGCAAUAUUGAGGUUCUAUCUUCAGGGAAUGAAUCAGCAGCUGGCUCUCUGUAUGGUGCCGAAAGCUCAAGAGUUUGUGCCCACAGCAAAGAAAGUCUAAAAGGUGAGGGGCUUUGCACACCAACCGUGAAAGCCAUGGACACGAGCUCACCAAAAUGUCUUCCCGGUGAAGAGAAAUUUAAGAAUACCUAUGUAGAAGAGAAGAUAGGAAAAGAGGUAGCCCCUAGAGGAAGAUUGCCCAAAAAUUGUUCAUGGGCCUUGUUGGAAGAUUCUAAAGAGUCUGUUAGCAAAAUAGUCCCCCUCAGGACUGAGAAUUAUGGAAAAGUUUUGGAAGAAAUCCCAAGAUCUAAACUGAAUAAUCUUUCAAAAGAAAAAGAAAGACAAAAUGAUACAAAGCUCCCAAACUUAGCAGGUACCAGUGUAUUUUCAGAAACUCUGCAUGAUUGUCAGGCUGGAGCUGUAUCUGACACAGAGGCUGCCCCAGAAGUGCAGGAUCAUACAACGCCCACAUUUUCUCCACCUCUGAGCACACUAUCAGACAGUUGCAAAGAACCAUUCCCAAACGGUGUGGUUUGCAGUGAAGUGUGUGUGCCUUACAAAUUAAAUGCACGAAACAAAGAUAAUGUAAAGGAGGUAACAGAAAGCCAGGACAAACUACCAACUCAUGCAGUUUGCAAGGAAAAUGGGGCUUUAGGUUCAGAGAGACUUGAUCAAAUCGAGGAAUGUCAAGUACUUAAACAAAGGAAGUAUGGAAAGAUGGAAGUACAUCAGUUGGGCAUGGCACAACAAGAACAGAAGUUAGAACAUCAGGAGAAAGCAAAAAUCAUACUGCAACCAAGUACGUUGCAAGGUUCUGAACUCUUGUGCAGCUCUUCAGCUGAGUCGAUGACAUCUACAAAUAUAAAGGUUGGAGGUGCCUCAGAGGAGAUUUGUGCUGUAAGAGCCAGUGAAAGUAAAUUAUGUAGCACUUUACAAGAAGUUAAAAGGCCAAAGAUUACCACAGAUUUUAUUAGUUCGCAGUGUUUGAAGACUCAGGAUUCAGAAAUGGAAAACCUGAACCUUAAUUUAGGGUAUGAUGGGAUCCCUGGUGCCUUUGGAACUACAAAAAAACGAAGAGGAACUACAAAUAUGCUAAGAGGACCUCUUCCAUUAAAAAUACAACCUGGAAGGACAUGUAAAAAAGUUCCCACGUUGCAUCAGCUAAAAACUGUAAGAAAAAUUAAAAAAAUUACAAGUUCACCUUUCUCUGAGAUUCCCCUGGAAAUAUUUCCUAAACAGGAAAACACACUUCUGGAGUCUUUGUACUUUGCAUGUAAACCACCGACAGUGGAAGAGGAAACGGCCGUGAGAUUUGUGCAUAUGCCGAGGCAGAGGGCCAAGAGGUGCAGUUUGUUGAACAGCUUGAAAUUUAGAAAAUGUACCAAAGAGCCAUCUUUGUUGAGCAAAUUGUCUGCAGUGGCCAGUAAGCUCCUUGCCCCUGCCAAAAGCAGCCAUAACUUAGAACCUCUGCCAUAUUCUUCUGAAAUUCUUCCAGUGGGUGCCAGGUACAGCCAAUGUAGAUCCAGAAAUCUCUUGGAAGCCUUUUCUUGCAUUAACAGGAACGUACACUCACGCUGGGCUGGCAGCUGGUGCACCAAGAUGUUCAGCUUUCAGCCUUUGGCACUUUACCCUGCAGAAGCUACCAAAAUAUCUUCUUCAGACUUAAGCCACAAGCCUCCAACCCCUUUCUUGGACACCUCAGUUUUCCCAGUUUCUUUUCACAUAAAAUUGGACUCCAGUCCUGUGACGGACCUCAGAGGGAUUACAUCCCAGCAUCCUGUACAUCACAGCCCAGUUGUCAGAGAAUCGCUGGCACCAGCUUCAAAGUGGGCUUUGUCUUUUCUCCUGUCUCAGAGCUGUUCAGAUACAACAGCUUUCAAGGAAGAUUCCAGUGUAAAUAAGGAGCUUCCUUCCUCUCACUCCACACCAACCCCCAGGACUGUUGCUGUUCAUCCUGACCCUGGAAGAAAUGCUGUAGCUGGAAGAAGAGGAGGCCUUCACACAGUGUUAGCACUUUCUUCCUCUGCAUGUUACAGGAUUUGGACAAGAAGAAGAAACUUAACCAGUCAUAUUCCUACCAUCCAGAGACUAUUUAUAUCGCAGUUGGCACAGGGUUUGAAAGGGGACAGGUACCCAAGGUGUGUAUCUGAUGACCUCGUCUCCUCAUUGCCAUACUCCCUGGGCAGGGUUUUGUCCAUAUGGAGCCAGCAUGGUCCUUCUGCCCGUCCUUCCGAAAUCACUCCUCUCCAUUCCAGUCACUGCAAGUGGCAGCCAAGUGUGGGCUUCGAGAACAGCUGUGCCAUGUUACCACACUUACCUGUGCAGAGUAUGGGAGCACUGCAGACUGCAGGCCAUGCCAUACGUCUGGAAACUUCAUUCCCUGUUCCGUUACCAAAGCCUCGUGCACUUCCAGAGUCAUUGCCAUCUCCUCCCAGGCUUUCAGCAUCUGAGCUCCAGAUCCCUGCCCUUGAUGAAGCAGAUGCUUCUGUUCCAGCUUGUCUGAGACCCCAAGAUGACACAGAACUGAAAAAAAAGGAGGCAGAAAAGAGGCCAAAGAAAGUCUCACAGAUCCGAAUCAGGAAAACAGUUCCUAAGCCAGACCCUAACCUUACUCCAAUGGGACUACCCAAACCAAAAAGGCUUAAGAAGAAAGAAUUUAGUUUAGAAGAAAUUUACACAAACAAGAACUAUAAGUCCCCUCCUCCUGCCAGGAGCUUGGAAACAAUCUUUGAGGAGCCCAAGGAGAAAAAUGGACACUUGAUUUCUGUCAGCCAGCAAAAGAGAAAGCGGAUUCUGGAGUUUCAGGACUUUACUCUUCCCCGGAAAAGGAAGAUACGAGGCAAAAUCAAAGCAGUGGGUAGUUUCACCCGAGCAAAAAGAGCUGCACUGCAGAGUGCAGAGCUAGAUGUUCUUCUGAGUCAGAAGCUAAUGGACCUUGAAGCCUUUUUUGCAGAGGAGGUUGAGCAGGAGCAGGCCUCCAGCAUCUGAGGGAGCCACUUAGCUGGAAAUGGUCCAGUCAGCUUCUUUAGUAUUUUCUUCUUGGGAGAAAUCCACUGACUUCUUCAUACCUGACUCUGCCACUCUGUUCUAACAUCUGAUAAUCAGUUUUUGGCUGUGACCCUCUUUAAGGUGCUAUUUUUUUUUUUUUACAUGCUGUUGGAGGGAUUCUUCUAAGUCCCUAUUUGAGUGUAACACAGCCACAAGAAAUUUACCUUUCCUUUCUCAACCUCUGGAAAUUACUGCUUAUAUUUAAUUAAUUAUGUUUAAAUAUCGUUUGGGGGUAGAGUAGGAGUGUCAAGGAGGAAGUAGUGCACCUUCAGUGCUGCUAGAACUCUGUACUCCAGAUCGUUUGCACAUUUGAGUCUCCUGUUGUUACUGUAAUGGCUGUUUUUAACAAGCUGGUAAAAGAGAUAUGGUGUUUGAUAAAGAAAAAUUCUAGGAAACACAUUCUUGAUAUACCACUAACCUUUUGAUAAUUAAAAGUAACUGUUUAGGUUUGCAUUCAAUUGUUUCUUUCUUCUGUUAACUUAGAAGGUUCCUUCUAAGUUUCUUUGCCCUUGCUGGCUCCAGGUAGCAGAAGCCCCACAUAAUUAGACUUUAAAUAACUUGCACUUUGUAUAUGUUUCGUUUAACAUGAUUCAACUCAAAAAGGUAGUGUAUUAAGGAAAAUGGUUUCCAGUACUAUUUUUUCCUAAAUAGCAGAUUUUUUUACUUACUUGGCUGAUGCCAAUCUCUUCUCCA